AUGGACCAAUUCCAGAUGACACACAAUGUCCUUGUUACCGAUUAUCAAGAAGAGGAAGAUGAACCGUCAUCGGAGAUAUACCUCGGUGUAUUAUGGCAAUCUGGACAGCUCGCUGCUGCCUAUUACAACUCCGGUGACUGCUCUAUUCACUUCAUGACAGAUACCCCGGACACUGAACACCUUCAAGUGCUUAGCAGAGUGAUCUCUGAUCUGCAACCAAAAUGUAUCGUAACCAGUGCAAAGCAGGAUCCAAAUUUCUCAGAAUUCCUUCAAACUUUAAAUGGCGAAGCUAAUGGAAGAUUGAAAGUGGAGAUAUUUCUAUUUCCUCGUAUGGACUUUGCACUGCCUAUCUGUAAGCAGCGGAUCCUCACAUCAAAUUUCUCAUUGCUGCCUUCUAACCUCUCUGAGUCCGAAAAGAUUUUACAUCUCUCCUCUAUCAUUCCCUUUGACUGCCCUCUUAUGAUCUGUGCUCUGGGAGGACUGCUAAAGUUUAUUGACCGUCACCGGAUUGGUGUUCAGCUGGAGGACAGCAGUGUGGGUGUCCCAGUCCUGAGCCUCAGAAAAUAUGUCUUGGCUGAUAUCGUUGAUAUGGAACCAGAUACUUUCAGUGUUUUGCAGAUAUUCAAAAGUGAGGCCCAUCCAUCUGUGUAUAAGAUGAGCUCUGGAGGGAAGGAAGGGCUAAGCCUGUUUGGGCUUUUGAAUCGCUGCCAGUCCAAAUGGGGAGAGAGCUGUAUGAGAUUGUGGUUUAUGAGGCCCACGCACAAUCAGACUGAGCUAACAUCUCGGCUUGAUGUGAUCGAGUUCUUCAUGGCACCCAGAAACCAAGAAACAACAGGGAACCUUCAGGGCUGCCUGAAGAACAUCAAAAAUAUCCCUAUGAUCCUAAAGCGCAUGACACUCUCCAGCACCAAAGUGUCCGACUGGCAGGCUUUAUAUAAGACAGUAUACAACGCUGUGUGUAUUGGUGACAUCUGCAGCUCUUUGCCUAAGACUGUGCUUCUCUUUUCCCGCAUCUCUUCUGCAUUCAGCAGUGACCUGAACUACAUAGCCAGUCUAAUCAACAAAGUGAUCUGUUUUGAAGAAAGCCUGAGAGAGAAACGUUUCUGCAUUAAACCAUUUGUAGACCCAGCUGUGGAUGAGAAGAAAUGCCGCCUCCAAGGACUCUCAGAUUUUCUCACUGAUAUCGCUAGGAAAGAACUGGAGACUUUAGACAUGAAGAUACCAUCAUGUAGUGUCAUCUACAUCCCCCUGAUUGGGUUCCUCUUGUCCAUUGACCGUCUCGACUUCAUGAAGGAUAAAAGUGACUUUGAGAUUGAAGGUUUGGAAUUUGUGUUUCUAGCAGAAGGUAGACUCCACUACAGAAGUGCACGGACCAAAGAGCUGGAUGCAGUGCUUGGAGACCUUCACUUUGAGAUCAGAGACCACGAGACCAUGAUCAUGCAUCAGCUGCAGACAUUGAUUCUGGACCGGUCGGCCGUCUUACACAAGGUCACUGAGUAUGUUGGGCAGCUAGACGCACUACUUGCCAUGGCAGUUGUUGCCCGUGAAAAUGGAUAUGUCCGCCCCUGCUACACCCAGAAGAACAUUAUAACCAUAAAGGAAGGCAGACACCCCAUAAUGGUAUUCUGCACUGGAACUUUUGUUCCAAAUCCAGCUCAGACUUGUGAGAAAGAAAAGAGAAUAAAAAUCCUGACUGGACCUAACUCGUGUGGAAAAAGUGUUUAUCUCAAACAGGUUGGCCUCAUUGUCUUUAUGGCUAUGAUUGGAAGCUAUGUCCCAGCCUCCUAUGCUGAGAUCGGGCCCAUUGAUGGGAUCUUUACACGGCUACAAACACGGGAAUCUGUUUCUCUCGGUUUGUCCACUUUUAUGAUUGACUUAAAUCAGGUGACGAGAGCAGUGAAUAAUGCAACAGUGAAGUCUCUUGUUUUAAUUGAUGAAUUUGGAAAAGGAACUAAUACAGUGGAUGGGCUUUCUCUAUUGGCUGCCAUACUGAGACACUGGAUCAAUCAGGGGUCUUCUUGCCCUCAUAUUUUCCUGUCCACUAACUUUCACAGCUUGAUACAGCUCGAGAUACUCCCAAAAAAUCUGAAUGUCCACUAUCAGACGUUCGAGUGGUGCCUAGAUAAAGAACAGUUGGUCUUCUUCUAUCAGCUGAAGGACGGAGUAUCGGAAGUAAGCCAGGCAGCCAAGGUAGCAGCCAUAGCUGGAAUGCCAGAGGAGAUCAUUAAGAGAGGAGUGGAGGUUUCAGAGCUCUUCCGGAGAGGUCAGGCCAUAGAUUGCCUAAAUCAGGGUGCAAUGAAAGAGAAACUAGAGAAGUGUCAGAAACUGGUCGAUGGUUUCCUUAAUCUGGACCUCGAUGAUCCCCAGACUGACCUACAAAAAUAUUUGUCUGAGGAGGUUCUACCCUUCUCUACUUUGCUAUAA